AUGCCUGAGCGGUUACUGGUGGGACCCGAAAGCCACGUCACGGAGUGGAGAUACGUGGAGCUGCUGGGAAUUUACAGGCGUCUAAGUCGGCUGGAGAGGAGUCACGCCAAGGAGGUCAAAUCGCCUCCCAAAAACUCCCAAUCCCAGUAUCGUGACGCGCUCCCCAGAAAUCCCCAGGAACCAGCUGACGUUGACGAGACUGCUCGAGAGCUUGAAAACGUGCACCGACUACGUCGUCUCUUUGUUGAAUUUGACUUUGAUGCUUGUGUUGUGGCGUUGGCGAAUGCCAGUCUUGGCGCUGGACCCUUUGCAAUAGCCCAGGGUGUGCUGUACUUGCGUCGACUCAUGCUCAGCCGCAUGAUGCCCAAUUCAACCUCGGGUGCUAUUCUGGCCGCCUUCAUCUUUUCCAUCCUCUGGCUAACCUCGGCGGCGUGUCAAUUUCAGCCAGAUGCACACUACCUAUCCUGCGCUGAACUUCUUCGUCUACCGGCACAUCGGCACCAACACCUAGUCUCAGCCAGUGGACGGAUUCUACUAUUCUUUGCACGGGGAUUCCAUAUUACCAUACGGAUGAUCACCUUCACACUCUUUACUGGGAUUUUUUAUUGGCUACUUGCGGUGGUGGUGGUUGUGCAUCAAGUACUCUAUCUUCUUUUACUACUGGUUUAUCGAGGAAGCAAAGGAAUGCUGUCAUCUGCCUAUAAAGCAAGUCCAAACUAUGGGAGACCGUUGGAUCAACGGCUUAAGACCAAAGGGAUUCUACGGCACUUGGGUACGGAUCUGCUCUACACUUACGUCAGUAUCUUUGAUUUUUUCAACGGUAGUGCAGGUAAAACUCGCCUGCGAGUGAUAAUCUACUACUUUACCUACUACUUGGAGAACUCGGCAAUGAUUGGUGCUUGGUAUGCGGCCUACCCCUUCACUGCAUCAUGGUACCACCUCCCAGCUCUUCUAGUUGUGGUAACAGUCCAGUGGAUUGGCGCCAUCUUCCUUCAACUCUACUUCUUCUAUUUUUCCUCUUCGCCACGUGGAACUUCAUUGUGUGGACUAUGCUGCCCGGAUGAAUUGAGAGGUCCCGUGGAGUUGGUCUACUCCCCGGCCCCAUUUACCUAUCCUCCUGUUCAAAAUGCACACCAUCUUCCUCCACCACCCAUAGAUAAUCCCUCGUUUAUCCUGCAACCUACUUCACUCUAUUCCCGACGAGGUCAACUGGGUCCUGAACCAGGACAUAGAGAACCUUCUAGAACGGAUUCUCUAACCGUGGUUACUGCGGAAAUGCCAAGAAAGCCGCGAUCUCGUUAUCUCUACGUGAAGGACCCCGUGGAGGAUGAAUCAAUGGAGGAGUGGGAUGAGCGGGAAGGUGUGGAGGGUAUUAUUCCUCUCGAAGACGAGGAUGUGUAA